AUGAAUUCUCACCUUUAUCCCGGACGCACAACACCGGAAACGAUGGUCGGUGGCAUUAGGAAAUGGGAACAACUUUCCCGCACCUCCGUCGCCCGAACGUUUCGUCCGUUCGACGAUAAGUUUGCACCGGCAGCCGAACCGGAAAGGAAAGAAGAUUCGGAGUCGGAUCAAGAAGCAUCUUCUGCGGAUGAUCAAUAUACCGAGCAGCAGCAUUACUCGGAAUCGGAGUUUCAUACCGAGCAGGAGGAGGAUGAAGAGGAGGAUAAUUCGGUCGAAAAGCGAACCCCAAUCCAAGUGUCUCAGUAUCCACCAAUGAACAUCGAACCGGAUGGUCAUCUACUGCACAUCGAUUUCAUUUCCAACCAACUGGAACGGUUUGUGUUGCCGUCAGGUACGGGACAAAACAGAGCGCAACGUCAAACGGCAGGAACCGGCACGCUGGGAAGUGGAUUAUCAAACCGGAAGCUUCCGGGACAGCAGCACAACAUCUCCUUUAGCCGCGAGCGUGUGCGUGAAAUCGAACGAACCAAUCAAAUACUGCUUAGACGCAUCAUUACGACCCGACCAACGCUGCAGACUAAAAACAUUAAACCGGUCAAGCGCAGUAGCUCAACGAACGUUUCACCACUGACCAGUGCCGCUACAAAUCGGAGAAAGAUGCAAGAAAGAAUUGCGGCGGAAAAUGAGAUUCUGCUGCGGAAAGUUAACUCGGUUGGGAGUAGCCUGAUGAAGCGUCCUGGCUGCUAA